CGCGCAACAUCUGGCGGUGUUGUUAGAUGAUGACCAUGAUGAUGAGAAGCUCCGAGUCUUGCUGGUUCCAGAGGAGUGGGCUACCUCGAGCGGCCCUCGCAGCCUUGCUAGCACUGUCUCUCUCCCGCCAGGCUGACACCACUAAUGCCAAGAUCCUUGUUCCUCUGGAGAACGAGACAGUCGUCCUGGGAGACGUGGCCCACUUCUUCUGUCAGAUACAGGGAAGAUAUGGAGACUUGAGACUGAGGAUUGACGGAAGUGUCAAGAGCCUAGACUUUCACGAUCUUGAUAUAAUUGUUACUACAGAAAAUGGUUCCUCUGUGGAUGAUGAUAUGGCAUUCACAAACAUCACUAUCAACAUAACUGCAUCUGAAAAACAUAACAACACUUUACUGGAGUGCUAUGAUGUUGAUCUUGGUAGAGGGAGUUCAUCAAAAGCAACGUUGACAAUAAAAGGAGGACCAGGGGUGCCAGAGGUGGGGUAUGAGGUUGACCGAGAUGAGAAAGAGAUUGUGCUGUCCUGGCCACACCCCUUCACCUGGGAGGACUACCCCAUCACUGGAUAUGAUAUUGUGUGCAGCGAGACUGAGUCAGAGAAUAUCGUUGAUAACGUGACACUCAAUGAUACUGACAUCCUAAAUGAACCAGUUGUCAAUCACACUGUGGAUCUACCUCCACAUAUCCCAGACUGCUACACUCUCCAGUGUACUGUGACAGCCUCUAAUGCUCUAGACCAGAGCAACAUAUCCAUCACUGACAUCAAUUUCCCCAAGAUGCAAACCAGUCCAGUUCCUGCCAUAGAGCUGGCGAAAACGCUGUCCCUGGGGGAUGGGAAACAAGAGAUUAUCGUUUGUGUAAAGCUCCCAGUGUUGUGUGUGUUCCAGAGAGUGAGGUACAGUGUUGUCAUCUCUCAUGGAGCAGACCCAGUCCUAGAGCUGACCAGAGAGUUCAACUACAGCAGUGGCUACACUAGUGAGUGCAUUGAGGAGAAGGUCAGUGGAGAGCUGGAGGAAGGAACUGAGUACAGUGUCCAGGUCUUUGUGGAUGCUGGAGACUCUGGGAACACUUCUUCCCCCAUUCUUACCUUCAAGCAUCGGGCAAUCUCUGGGAAGGCUGUGUUGGAGCCACAAAAUGGGUUUGAAGGGAGUGGAGAUGAUUCUGAUGACACUGCCAAGACCGGUCUCGUUGUUGACAUCGCCAUGGGAACUGUCAUGAUCAUCAUUAUUGUGAUUUUGAUCAUAUUUGCCUUUAUCAUCAUUGGCAUGUGGAGAGCUACUAAAGGUAAUCAUCGUAUUAUGGUGCGAAGUUCCCGACCAGCAGGAGCCACUAACAAAGUGUUUGACCACGAGGCCUUACCCCUGGACAGAGAGGACGGGAAGACCACAGCUGUUGAGGAGCCCUACUACCACACUCUGGAUGGCUCCGAGCAGAAGGCCCGGAGGCCACCCACCGAGCCUCUCUACACCACUCCUUUCUCUGAUGUCAACAAUAAGAAGAAGUGA